AUGAGCGCACAAAUCCUAAUUCCAAGUUCUGAUUACAGCAGAAACACCCUAAUAUCAACGAGAAUAUGGAGUGAGUUACUGCAAGACAUCGUUGAAUCAAUCUCCAAAAAGUUUAGAAUCUAUUCUGAUUAUCUCCGAUUCCGAUGUGUGUGUCACAGAUGGAGACUUUGUGUCCCUAAAACCCCUCUCCAUCUACCAACUCAACUCCCAUGGCUCAUGCUUGCUCACAAUUCUUGUUUUGAGGUCUCAGCCAACAAAAUCCAUCAACUCAAUCUGGCUCUAUAUUCAUCUCCUGGAACUGUUGUCUGCGGUUCUUCUCAUGGCUGGCUUGCCAUUCUCGACGAAACCUCAGAUCUUCGUCUUGUUAACCCUAUUACACUCGCCACAAUACCACUUCCUAAACUUCCAGUUACAAUUAGAAUGGGUUUACAGCCUAAAAUCAUGUGUGUUAUCAAAGUUGUUUUGUCAUCUAGCCCCUCCCUUAGAAUGGGUUUGCAGCAUAACAAGAUUUAUGUGACUAGUUAA